AUGGCUGCCGCAGCCAUGAGCAUGCCCGCCGUGGGAGCACAGAACUCUGACGAUCAACGACCUGAUCUGCCACGCCCGUACAAGUGUCCGCUGUGUGACAAGGCUUUCCAUCGUUUAGAGCAUCAGACCCGACACAUCCGAACACAUACCGGCGAGAAGCCUCACGCCUGUCAGUUCCCCGGCUGCACGAAGCGUUUCAGCCGAUCUGACGAACUCACCCGUCACUCCCGCAUUCACAGCAAUCCCAACUCCCGACGUGGGAACAAGCAGCACCAUGUCGCAGCCCAAGCCGCCGCCGCCGUCAUGCAGACGGGCCUGAUCUACACGACAAAUCCUGGCGCAUACUUGACUCGCAACGUCAGCGGUGACAUCAGUCCUGCUCAGGGCGGACACUCGCGACACAUGGACAUCAAUCUUUUGGCGACGGCGGCGUCUCAGGUUGAGCGCGAGAACAACCAACUCCCGAAUCCGCACCUCUCUUUGCCACGACAUGGCAGCUACUCGUCACCGUAUCACUCGCAUCCGUAUGGCUCCACCCGAAUGCCUUCUCUCUCAUCCUACCACUACUCCUCCAACCCAACAUCUCAGCCAAUGUCCCGAUCUCACUCCCACGAUGAAGAGGAUCACUAUCACCACCGGGCGGCGAAAAAGUCUCGUCCAGGCUCGCCGCUGUCGACCGCCCCGCCUUCUCCGUCGUUCUCGCAAGAAUCGAUCUCCCCAACACCUGACCACACGCCGCUCGCGACUCCCUCGCACUCCCCUCGUCUCAGGCCCCAAUAUUACCACCACGGCGUUCAGCUCCCGACGCUGCACCAUCUCUCCUUACACCACCACCACCCACCUCCAGCUCUUGCACCUGUGGAACCUGCGGCCGACGGCCAUCAUCCUUACGUGCCGGUGCAGCACAGCGGUCUACGAAUCAGCGAGAUCAUGCAAGCUGGUGACGGCGCGCAGCGGAAACUCCCAAUCCCGAUCGUGCAGGGCAAGGACAGCAGCUUCGCGGUCCGAGACCUCAUCCAUCCCGACGGCGGGCGUGCGAGCGGCCACAACAGCGCGCGGGCCAGCGAGGCCGGAAAUGAUCUCCACGAGCGCUACUGAGAGACGCCUUUGAAGAACCAUGCUCUGCUCGACGGGAGCACGAGCACAGCGAAACACCUCGUUCAAUCGGUUUCGAGACCUGCCAGGUCAUUUAAUGAUUCACUUCGUGCACGCGGACCCCAGCAGUCAUGCUCGCAGGGCUUCUCCGCAUUUUUUGACCUAUGGUCGACUAUAGAAUUUGGGACGCCGGUACCGGCGUGAGUAGACGGCUUUUUGUUUGGAG